AUGGCCGCCCCAGAAGAAGCCAGCAUCUUGAACAUGACGGGUAUCUGGUCGUUGAACCCGAUAGAGUCGGAUGACCUGGGCCCAACCUUUAUGCUGCAAAACAUCCCGUGGAUCGUCCGCAAGGUCAUCUCCUACGCUUCCCUCGAGCUCAAGAUGGACCAGAAAGACCCGGCGCCCCCGGAGCGCCCCGCGACCGUCAUCGACAUCAACCAGACGGUGAGGCCCGGCGGCUUCGACACGGCCAACAGCUACAUCCUCGACGGGGAAACCAGGCACGACAAGGUCCCGAUCUUCGGCGCCAUGUCGAUGCGGGCCAAGUACGUCCCCAAGGCCGAGGUCAGCGGGGAGGACCUGAUGGGCCACGAGAUCGAACAGCCCAGUCCCACGGACGAGCGGGUGGGGAUCAAGGAGUUCACGGAGGGAGUCAACACCGGGUGGAAAACGACGGCGCUGUGGGGGUUCGAGAAGGUGAAUGGAGAGAGACGCUUCUGCAAAUACUGCACCACCACCAAGGGGGACGAGAAGGUCCAGGCACGCCUCGUAUAUGACUAUAGGUCUCUCGCUGUGUGA